CUGAAUCCAUCUCAUCGAACAAGUUGCACCAGGUAUCGAAGCCGGCGUCCAUCUCGGUUCCCGAAAGACCAGGGACUCCAUCGGAGUUAAGCCGUUACGCUCGCCACUCCUCUGAUGGGUUCCAUGUAAAAUUACAUUAUCGAUCGAGCUCAACGAGUGAGACUGAAGCCUGCCUCUUGAAUAGAUCCGCUCAGCAGAGCCACCCUUGUACUUGAAGACAAAGUUUGGUGUCUAUGACUUGAACCUUAUACAUAAGAACUGGUACCAAAAGGUGCCAAAGGAUUUGUACCGCAGCCUUGAUAAAAAGGAGCAACAACGGCAAGAAGCAAUCAAUGAAUUUAUUAUGCUUGAAGCCAAUUUUGCUCGAGAUCUGGCCACGUUGCAUGAGAGUGUGAUUGUGCCGCUGCGGCAUUCCACUGUGAUUGACGAUCCCGUGAGACGAGACGCAUUCAUUAAAGAGGUGUUUUACAAUUAUGAAGAACUGCGCGAAUUGAACGGUGCGCUUUUGCAUGACCUUGUCACCCGCCAGCAGGAAUAUAAAGGAGGAUGUGUUCCAGGCAUAGGCGACAUCUUGUUGAAACAUUUUCUGAAUUUCAAACCCUUUGAACUCUACUGUGCUCACAUGGCCAUGAGUGUCUUUUUUAUUGAUCGAGAAAUAAAAGUCAACAAAAUCUUAGAAGAGUUUCUCGACACGCAAGCGGACGAUCUGCGACGACACACCAUCAAGCAUUACCUCUACAGUCCAUCGCAACGUCUAACACGCUACCCAUUGACUUUGGAGACGAUUAUUGAAACGACAGAUGUAAAUGAUCCCGACUAUGUACGACUGAAAGAAUGCAACGAGCUUUCCAAAUGCAUGGCAUCCAAAGCCAACGCGCUGGCCAACCAACUGAAAAGGCGUGUGGAGAUUUGGGAAAUCCAUCAAUGUCUUGAAGAAGAAAAAGGCGGCUAUUACAAUGAUUUACUAUGCCUGACAGAUAGUGAUCGACGAUUGUACCACCAAGGCAUUGUCAAACGCGCCGACAAUGAACAAUCGCAUAUCCGCCUGCUCCUGUUCGACCAUGUGUUGCUCAUGCUCAAACUGAAAAAGGGAUUGCCCACAGGCGAGUGUCAAGUGUGGAAAAAACCGAUUCCGCUAAAGAUGUUGUUUGUUGAGGAAAGCCGCGACUUUCCCCUGAGAGGCAGUUCCGAAUCACUCGCUUCGCUCAACAGCCUUGGCCUACGAAAACGAUCAUCCAAAACCAAUGGCGAGUCGCUCACAUCUCUUACACUUCACUAUAUGGGACGCAACGGCGGCGUGUACCGUGUCACAUGCGCUCAACCCUCCGAACAGGAACAAUGGAUUACCGAAAUCGAAAAUGCCAAAAAUCUCUUGCAAGCCAAAGCACACAAGCACAAUCUGUUGACGAUACGUUCAAAAGACGACGAAUGCUUUCCCCUGGUGGCUACGCCCGAUACACGAGGAUGUGCGCAUGGAAAAGUACAAUGCUCGAUAUCGUUUGACGACAAGAAAGGUCAACAGAAAAUCAUUGUUGGAACAACCACAGGAGUCUAUUUCAAGGCAAUCGGACAUAAAAAUGUACGAAGAGUACUUGCAUGUGAAGACACCACACAACUGGGCAUCAUCGGGUUCCAUGAAAAUAGAAUCUUAUUAGUACUAGCAAACAAGCAAUUGACAGCAUACCCUCUUGAAACAUUGGAUUCGCCUUUCAACAUGAAGCCUCCGGAACGACUGGUGCAAGUGAUUGAUCGAAAUAUUCAUUUUUUCAAAAUCGGCAAUUGCUACGGCAAAGACAUUCUCAUUUAUAAAACGCGAAAAAGUAAUGGUUCCCGGUUAACGGCUUUGAAACCUCAACGUCUGGUGGAACUCACAAAACACAGUUUAACCGCGGCCCUCUCUUCUCGAAAAAACUCGUACUUUAAAGAUUACAAGGAAUUCUCCAUCUCUGCAGACGUCAAGGAUAUUGUUUUUGCAGAGCAUCGGCUUAUUGUUUGCUUUGAUCAUGGUUAUCGAGUCAUUGACAUUAAUAACGUAAAGAAUCCCAGCGAUGGACUGAUGCCAAGUGAAGCUGAUUUGCAAAGCUACGGUCUUCGGGACCUUGGCUCAUUGCGAUUAUUGCGCGUGUACAAUUUUAGAGGCAAGCGGCUGUUAUGCUUUAACCGGUUCGCAAUGUACAUUGGUGCGGUGGAUGAAGUGUCUCGACUUCACCAUCAUUUUGUAAAUGUAUCCCAUUCACUUUUGUGGGAAUGGGAAGGAACUCCCGAGGACAUUCUGUUUCAGGAACCCUACAUUAUCGGGGUCAGUCAGCAAUUCUUGGAGAUUUGGAAUAUAUAUACGAGAGAAUUAAUGGAUAUUCUUGUUGGCGAUCAGUUGCGUGUGACUAAUUAUGGUGAUGCUAGUGGUUUGGACCCGUCAAUCCAUCUCUGCAUGAAUUACCCAGAAAAACCAGAAUUGCAGAAUAUUUUUAGCUUACGGUGCCAUUAACCCGAUUUUGGGAUGCACGUCAAAAAUAGUAAACCGCAAAAAGGAACAGUUGUCAUUCAUCGCGAAAAAACCAGGUUGUGUACCUUUCGUAUGUUGGCC